GAAUCGUGGAGGCAAUGGGCGACUGCGGAACGCGUACCUACUAAGGCAAGUGGUCGCUUGGACGGACCUCACUUUGCAUCCAGUUCCACGCCGGUAUCGCCUUGUAUCGUAUUCGUCGUUAUACGUUUGAGAACCACAGCAGGAUAACGAUGGACUUCUUCUUUUGUAUCCCCCUCGUAGUCGGUUGUCCCAACAAGAUAAACCCCAUGGGAGGAGACCAGUCCCCGAGAGUCUGUCCAAGAUGUCAUAACGCGUCGAUGUUUGCGGCCAAAUCUCGUGUCUGGUUCGAGUUUUGCUUUGUACCUCUUAUUCCAUUGCGGUCUAAGGACGUUUGGAUGUGUGGUAUAUGCCAACUGCAAACAGUCAUGCAACCUGAUUGGGCCCCUGCAGUAGCACAACCAGGAUAUGGUUACCAGCCAGCACAACAUGGGGAUGGUUAUUACCGGCCAACAUACACUCAGUCGGGAUAGUCGACACGUUGCCAUGUGAACAUCUCCAUACUGCUACUGUAUUCUAUUAGUCCCAUGUUUUCCUUUCAUCGGAUGUUCUGUCCCAAUGUACUUAUGCUGCCCUGUUCAGUUCAAGCGUCCUCUGCAGUUUAC